AAAGCAAGAACAGAAGGGGCAAGAAUGAAAUCAGGCAUCUAUGAGCAAAAAACUCUGUGCAUUUUCAUAAUACACUGUUCUUUUCACUGGAGAACGCCCACAGGCACGAACCAUAUCAUGUUGACCUCCUUAUGCUUCUCAAAAGGGUUUUCCUAGCUGUGGAAAUAUCAUGAAGAUGAUUUGGAGAGACUUCAUCCAGAGAUUAACUUUCAUUUCACUUACUGGACUUGGAAUUUUAGGUAACAUCAUUUUAUUUGUGAGACAUAUGUAUACUUUUAUUAUGAGUCCUGAGAAAAAAAAUAUAGACGUUAUUCUCAUCCACCUGGCUUUUGUUAACACAAUCAUUAUUCAUUGCAUAGGGGUCAGAGACAUAGCCAAAAUUUUUUAUUUUAGAAACUUCCUAGGUGACUUUGGUUGUAAAACUAUAAUUUAUCUAGAAAGGGUGGCUCGUGGUCUCUCCAUCUGCACCACCUGUCUCCUCAGUGUGGUCCAGGCUGUCACCAUCAGUCACAGGACCACCCUUUGCAGAAAGGUCAAACCACAGACUGCAUGGCAAGUUCUCCCCUUUCUCCUCCUCUUUUGGAUCUUUAAUUCCCUGAUAAGCUCCAACUUGCUCCACUAUAUUACAUCAACCAGGAGCAUGAACAGGUCUGAAGUUGGGAUGUAUACUGGGUAUUGCUAUAUGUUGCCGUCCAAGUACACAUUUAAGUGGUUGUUCCUCUCUCUCAUGGCUCUUCGUGAUAUCGUUUUUCAGAGUCUCAUGGGCUGGAGCAGUGGGUCUAUGGCUCUCCAUCUGUACAAACAUCACAUACGUGUCCUGCACCUACGCAGCUCCAGGUUCACAAAUAAUUCCAGACCAGAAAUCAGAGCUGCCCAUAGCGUUCUCACUCUCAUGACCUGUUUUCUUUUCUUUUAUUGGGCAGAUUUCCUUUUCUCCUUCUACAUAGGCUCCAUAGUGACACAUGAUUCCACAAUACUCAAUAUUAAGGCAUUUUUAGUGCUUAGUUAUGCUGGCCUCAGUCCCUUUGUCCUGAUCAUCAGGUAUGUCCAUGUUGCUAAGCAUUGCUGUGUUCUGAGAAGUAAAAAAUCCCUUUUCACACCCAGUUCUUUAUGA